CGGCGCGGCGACGUGGUGUCCGGCGGCGGCGGCGGCGGGAGCCGGGCGCAGGGAUGUGGCUGGCGCUGGCGGCGGCGCUGCUGGCGGCGGCGGCGGCGCAGUACGAGCGCUACAGCUUCCGCAGCUUCCCGCGGGACGAGCUGAUGCCGCUGGAGUCCGCCUACCGCUACGGCCUCGACCAGUACAGCACCGAGAACUGGCCCGAGAGCAUCAGCUACCUGGAGGUGAGCAUGCGGCUCUACCGCCUGCUGCGCGACAGCGAGGCCUUCUGCCACCGCAACUGCACCGCCGCCGCCGCCGCCCCGCCGCCGCCGCCGCCCGCGGGCUCGGCGCUGGCCGAGCUGCGCCUGCUGGGCGGCGUGCUGCGGCGGGCGCAGUGCCUGCGGCGCUGCAAGCAGGGGCUGCCCGCCUUCCGCCAGGCGCAGCCCGGCCGCGACCUCCUCGACGACUUCCAGCGCCGCGAGCCCUACAAGUACCUGCAGUUCGCCUACUUCAAGGCUAAUAACCUUCCAAAAGCUAUUGCAGCAGCUCACACGUUUCUUCUGAAGCAUCCAGAUGAUGAAAUGAUGCAAAGAAAUAUGGCCUACUAUAAGACCAUGCCUGAUGCUGAGGAGCAUAUUAAAGAUUUGGAAUCAAAAUCUUAUGAGAAUCUCUUUGUCAGAGCUGUGAGAGCAUACAAUGGUGACAACUGGAGAACAUCCGUCUCAGACAUGGAAAUGGCUCUUCCUGAUUUCUUCAAAGCCUAUGAUGACUGUACAGCAGCCUGUGAAGGGUCCCGAGAGAUCAAAGAUUUUAAAGAGUUCUAUCUCUCCAUUGCAGAUCAUUAUAUUGAAGUCCUUGCAUGCAAAGUUCAGUGCGAGAGUAAUCUGACACCCAUUAUAGGAGGCUUUGUUGUCGAGAAAUUUGUGGCAACCAUGUACCAUUACUUACAAUUUGCUUAUUAUAAAUUGAAUGACAUGAAGAAUGCAGCCUCUUGUGCUGCUAGUUACCUUCUGUUUGACCAAAAAGAUGAAGUAAUGAAACAGAACAUGGUCUAUUAUCAAUACCAUAAAGACAAAUGGGGACUCAAGGAAGAAGAUUUUCAUCCCAGAUCGGAUGCAGUUCGAUACCACAACAUAACUACACUCCAGUUGGAAAUGUAUGAAUUUGCAAAGCAGCAUGUGAUGGAUGAUGAUGAGGGUGAAGUUGUGGAAUUCCUUGAUGAGCUGUUAGAAGUAGAGGAAAAGAAUGAAUCCUGAUGAGCGAAGCCAUCAUGAAGUAUUUUACAAAAGCAAAGUGCUCCCUACUAUUGUUUCUGGUCACCUGUAGUUCCAGUUAGAUAUACCUCAAAGCUGCUCCUUUAAGUGCCAUCGUGUGUCACAAGAUCCACUCCUGAAAGAUCACUGCCAUGCUGCACUGACUCUUUCACGAGCGUGGCUUUUCACUGUGCGUUUUCAGAGUUGGUGCAUAUAGGUUUUCCUCUUGAGCUUUCCUUCCUUACACAAACACAACAAAACAGCCUAUUCAUAUUUUCUGGGCUAACAACUAAGAUCCCUCAUUUCAAUGCUGUUCUACUAAGUUGUAACAGUACAGUUAAAUUCUGAAGAAUUUUCAUCAGGAUAUGAACUGAGGAAGGUAUAACAGUUCCUGUAGACUUUCUGAGCUAUGUAAUUGUAUUAUUUAUAUAUGACUUUUUUUUUCUAUGAUAAAGUGUAACAAAUAAAAACUUUUAUAUAGGUGAAAGAAGAUGAUUAACAAAGCACAACUGGUGAUCUAAAACUGCUUUGAGAAUUCUGUAUGUAAUUUUGAUCUUUCUUAAAAACUAUAAAAUUCCAUGAUGUGAAAUUGAGAUCACUUAGAAAUGAUGCAAUAAAUAAAUCCUUCUCCCUCCUACCAAUUCUUACUCUUACGGCAGAAACAAGUUGUGAUUCCUGUGUGAGGUGGGGCAAAUCUUCUAUAAAAAUUGAUUAGUCUCCUGGGACAAUCUGCAUAGUUUUUAUCCAAAAGAUAAGUGUGAAAUCUGAAGCAAUUUUAAGUGGAAUCAUGAAAAAUAUUUGCCUGCCAGUUCCUGACAUUUUUAUUGAUUACAGGGCAAGGUCCUAUACAGAAAUAUUUUGGGUCUCAAAGACAGUGCGUUAGAGAUGAACACUGAAUGAGUGCACAAGAGUACUGAAGAGCAGAAAUCCCAUUGACCUCAGAGGAUCCAGAAUUUUAUCCUUUGCUUUUUUGCCUGCCUUCUCUAAGGACCAAGUCCUGCAAGUAGUUUCAUCCUGCUUACAUCAAGGAGAGACAAGAGCAUUCAGUGCCUUUUUGUCUGAACCCUAAUUGAGCUGAAUAGAAGUGAAUUCUAAAAGCAAAAUCUACUUUCAGGUUUUAAAACCGUGAAAGGUGAACUUACACUAUCUUGCUGACUUGCUGCUAUAGCUUAUAUAUGUUCUCCCUUUGAGUUGCUACAGACAAAAAGAAGGAAAAUCCACAAGAUAAAAUAACCCUCAGUCUAUGAUUACAAUGAAACAAUUUAAGAUGUUAGAUUGUGUGUUGAAAAUGUUUGGAGGAUUUUUGUUGUUGUUAGUUUCUUUAGUAUAACUCACAAGUAAUCCACUGAAAUCAAUUGGUGGGGCCAAGUUUUAUUCUCCAACUGAAAAACUAUCAAGAGCCUUUUAACUUUAGGAGAUCUACUCAGCUUUACUUACAAUAAUGAGAUCAGAAUUUGGUUUGCUGUAUGGCUUCAGCAUAUAGAACAUGUAUGAGAUUUCCUUACACUUUUUUGUUCCACAUAAUAUUAGGAUUCCAUUUGUUGUUAUUUUAUCUAGGAAUUUAAAUUUGCUUUUAAAAUUUAUAAUCAGAUUAUUAUAAAACAUCACUUACUGUGAUGAAAUAUGCCUAUUAUAAUAUUCUGCUGGGGUAGCUUCUCUACUUUAUCUCUAGUUUUCCUGUGUUUGAGGCAUAUGUGUGAUCAAGAGAGAGGCUACUGUUCUGGAGGCUUCUUUUGUCUCUGUGCUUUCCAACCUGCUUAGAAGAACAGAUUCAGAUUUUUUCCUCGGGAACUAUACCAUUGCAAUUAAAAUCAUAUGCUCAGAUAAUUUCAUCUCUGAUACAUCUUCAUCUAGCCUUUGUAUCCAGAAGUCCCACUACUGAAAGGUAUGGAGCUGGCUGGGGGAGAAUAUUCCCAUCUGCAUUGUUUUUGUUUUAUAACAUUUUUAGUUUACUUUUUUCUCAUUACAAUUUACCAAACUGACUUACAAGCUCUGCCAAGCACAGACUGCUUUCUGAUUGUUUUUUUCUUUAGUGCCUUAACUCUUGUGUGCUGCCCAGAAGUACUACUGUAAUGCAAAAAUAAAGUGCCUUUUAGACUCUUA